GCCCCUGAUUGGUCAGUAUGGCAAGGAAAUGCAUUGUCCAGAGGCUUGUGUUUGUCAUGGUGCUCACUUAUUUCUCUCAACAGAAAAGUAACGGACACAUGGAGUUGGCAGUUAUUUAGUGAAUCUGAAUUUAUUCUGUGUAUUUGAAUAGGAUAUGCUGUAGAAAGCUAAGAAAAGGAAAAGUGCAGAAUUGCAGCUAUAAAAAAACAAAAAGGCGAACAGACUGAGAAAUGUCUCCUCCUGAGAGGCUUAAGGUGCUCCUCUUCUUGGCUUUGUUCUUCGGAGCGACAGGAUUUCUGUUCACACUGCUGUCCUGUGGGACCGAGUACUGGCUGCUGGCGGCCCAGUCCUGCAGCCGGCCGGAGGAACACCAUGGAGGGAGUGGCCUGAGAGAGGGCACCGAGGUUAUAGAUGGUGUGAGGAUCUUCCAUGAGGGCCUGUUUUGGCGCUGCUCUUUCAUGGCUGUUUCAAAUGAACACUCUAUAUGGGACAUUUUGAUCUCAAAUCAGCCGCCAUCAAAGGUCUGCCAUGCCGCGUUCCUCUUCCCAUUUCCUGUUUAUGAGCGAUCGCAGUUGGAGCCACACAGUUUCCCCACGCAACCGUAUGAACAUCACUCUGCCAUCGUUUAUAGGACCUUCUGGAGCAUCUUCCUUGCCACAGGCUUGGCUGCUGUCGUCAUAAGUGUAUUCGUUGUCAUCUGUGCCUGCCCACUGACCAAUCACAGACUCUAUAAAGUGGGCGGGGCCCUUCUGCUUUGUGGCGGGCUGUGUCUGCUGGCAGUGAUGGUGAUGUAUCUGAUGUGGGUCCAGGUCCUGGACACUCUGGAGCAGUUUGCCCACCAUCAGAGAGUCUCCACCUGCCCCUCCUUCCACCUCAGCAUCCAGCACGGUCCUUCAUUCCUCCUCGCUCCGGUCGCUGUCUUCUUCUGCCUGCUGGCUGGCCUGCUCUUCAUCCUGAUUGGCCGAUGCAUACAGGGGACACAGCUAGAUAAGAUAAACAAAGUUCGGGUUUAAUCUAGUGCCAUGAUGCAAAUGUCAUGCAAACUAAAUAUGGCAAGGUGGAUCAGUGGUUAGCACUUCUGCCUCACAGCAAGUUGGGACUGCAGAGUCUGAUCCCCGGUCUGGGCAGAGUUAGAUCCCCGGUUUUCUAUGUGGAGUUUGCGUGUUCUCCCUGUGUUGGCGUGGGUUUUCCUCCGGGUGUUCCUCCCACCAUAAAGACAUGCAUCCUAGGUAACUAGGACAAUUAGCUGUCUGGCUAACACUGGCACAUUUACAGAAAUGUUGAUUAAUGUGCAUUGUCCUAAUAAAAUACAACAUUCAUUAAUUAAUAAAAAAUAUGUGUUGUCCUAACCUGAGGGUUUAACCAGGCUUAGUACAUGGAAAAACAGCAGUUUUCUAUACCAUGGGUGUGUAGUCUCUAAAAACUAUUUAGAGGUUCAUUCGACCUGAUACUCUUCUAGGCAAAACAUUGCCCUCUACAUUUAUUUAACAUCUUAAAAACGAUACAUUGUAAUAGAUUAAACCCAUCAGAAUUUAAAGUUGGUAACAUUAAAAGGCAUUAGUAACAACAAUCCAGUCAUCACUCUUGGCAGGAGCCAUUCAUAAUGCAUAUUUUCUUUCACUUUGAAUACUUUUCUUCUGAAUCUAAUGUAAUAGCAAGAAGAGGACUUCCUGUUAAAAUGAGUAUUUUAACACUGUAGAUUUACUUCUUCUACUUACUAAAGUUAAUGAAUGUUAUACUACCACACUCAUAGGCAUAAUUUACAGGGUGGUGGGGGGGUUACAACACCCCCAAUAAUCAAAACUGGCUGGGGUUAUGAAGUCAAACACUGUCUUUGUUGUUAAGAUGUGCAUAAUCCCUAAAAUAAACAUCCCAAAGCACGUGUAA